AUUCGAAACAGCAGGGGCAGGGAGGUAACUUCCCGUCGCCUCCGCCUUUUUUAUCUGGCUCCCCCACCUUCCCCUGGCGACGACGCCCCCAUUUCGAAGCUCCUCCUCGCGAUUCCAAUCCCCGCACGCCGCCUCCGCGUCCGCCUCCUCGCGCAGGCUUACAGUCGUGAUGGAACACAAGGAGGCGGGCUGCCAGCAGCCGGAGGGCCCAAUCCUAUGCAUCAACAACUGUGGCUUCUUUGGCAGCGCAGCCACCAUGAACAUGUGCUCCAAGUGCCACAAGGAGAUGGUCAUGAAGCAGGAGCAGGCCCAGCUGGCCGCCUCCUCUUUUGAUAGCAUUGUCAAUGGUGGUGAUGGUGGGAAAGGACCUGUCAUCACUGGAAACGCAGAGGUGGUGGUUGCUCAAGUCGAGGAGAAGACAGUUGUUGUGCAGCCUACCAAUGUUGUCGGCACCAGCGAGGCUGCUGCAGUAAACCCCAAGGGCAAGGAAGGCCCGAACCGGUGCACUACCUGCAGGAAGAGGGUUGGGCUGACAGGAUUCAACUGCCGGUGUGGGAAUAUGUACUGUGCUGUGCACCGCUAUUCCGACAAGCAUGACUGCCAGUUUGAUUACCAGACUGCAGCUAGGAAUGCCAUUGCCAAGGCUAAUCCGGUGGUUAAGGCGGAGAAACUUGAUAAGAUCUGAUGGGGCAGUGGGGACGAAAUGGGUUGCAAUCUGCAAGAUUUCAUCAACCUUCUUUGCUGCUUUAUCAUUGCACUUGUCAUUCUUGUUUACUGCCACAUUCCUUGAGUUGAUCAACAUUGUGAUGCACUCCGCAUCCAGGCAGCUGCAAGAAUUCAUCCUGUCAGUUGAGUCAGAAUGGUUUGCUUGUUGGCUAUGUUCUGUAAGCUUAUUCAUGGUGGUUUCGGUCGGUAUUGUGGCAUUCUCAUCUAGCUAGCUCUGUGAUGUACUAUUGUCUCAUGCGUGUUACAUUCCAAUCAGUAAUAGUAAUCAGCAAUGGUCUGCCAUA